AAAGCGGAAGGAGAGUUUUGCUUGGAAGUGGCUCGCAGAAACUUGGCACCCAGGUGCAGGGAAGCGAGAGUCGCCGAGCCUCUGAGGCUGAGUGGGGAGUGUGCAGACACGUGUAGGACAUAGAAGCUUUGGAUGCAGGUUAAGCCCAUCCACAGUGAUGGCCACAGCCUUACCCAGGACCCUGGGGGAGCUGCAGCUGUACAGAAUAUUGCAGAAGGCCAACCUGCUUUCUUACUUCGAUGCCUUCAUCCAACAAGGUGGCGAUGACGUCCAGCAACUUUGCGAAGCUGGAGAAGAGGAAUUUUUGGAAAUCAUGGCGCUCGUGGGCAUGGCAAGCAAGCCCCUUCACGUUAGAAGGCUGCAGAAGGCUUUGAGAGACUGGGUUACCAACCCUGGCCUUUUCAAUCAGCCACUGACUUCCCUUCCGGUCAGUAGCAUACCUAUCUAUAAAUUACCAGAGGGGUCACCAACCUGGCUCGGCAUAUCCUGCAGUAGUUACGAAAGGAACAGCAGUGCGCGGGAACCCCAUCUAAAGAUCCCGAAGUGCGCCGCCACCACGUGUGUGCAGAGCUUGGGUCAGGGCAAGUCGGAGGUGGGAAGUUUGGCGCUGCAGGGCGUGGGCGAGUCCAGGCUCUGGCAAGGACACCACGCCAGUGAGAGCGAGCACAGUCUCUCCCCAGCUGACCUGGGCUCCCCGGCUUCCCCGAAGGAGAGCAGCGAGGCUCUGGAUGCUGCCGCGGCGCUCUCUGUGGCCGAGUGUGUGGAGCGGAUGGCUUCCACGCUGCCCAAAAGUGACUUGAACGAAGUGAAAGAGCUGCUCAAGAACAAUAAGAAGUUGGCCAAAAUGAUUGGUCACAUCUUCGAGAUGAGCGAUGAUGACCCACACAAGGAAGAGGAGAUUCGAAAGUACAGCGCCAUCUAUGGACGGUUCGACUCCAAGAGAAAGGAUGGCAAACACCUCACAUUGCAUGAGCUCACUGUUAACGAAGCGGCCGCCCAGCUUUGUGUGAAGGACAACGCCCUGCUGACAAGAAGAGAUGAACUUUUCGCCCUGGCUAGACAGGUUUCUCGAGAAGUCACCUACAAAUACACUUACAGGACCACCAGGCUAAAAUGUGGCGAGCGAGAAGAGUUGUCUCCGAAGAGAAUUAAAGUGGAGGACGGAUUUCCAGAUUUCCAGGAAUCUGUGCAGACGCUCUUCCAGCAGGCCAGAGCCAAGAGCGAGGAGCUUGCGGCGCUCAGUACUCAGCAGGCUGAGAAGGGGAUGGCCAAGCAGAUGGAGCUCCUGUGUGCCCAGGCCGGCUACGAGAGGCUGCAGCAGGAGAGGAGACUGGCGGCAGGGCUCUACAGGCAGAGCUCCGGAGAGCGCAGCCCAGACGGUCUGCCCUCCGAUGGCUCUGAUGGACAAGGGGAAAGACCUUUGAAUCUCCGAAUGCCUAACGUACAGAACCGGCAGCCCCAUCAUUUUGUGGUCGAUGGGGAGCUGAGCAGACUUUACUCCAGCGAGGGGAAGUCCCACUCGUCAGAGAGCCUUGGCAUCUUAAAAGACUAUCCUCACUCCGCUUUCCCCUUGGAAAAGAAAACCAUUAAGACGGAGCCCGAAGACCCAAGAUAGCUGAGACUCUCCCACUGCUCUCUGCAAACGGCAGCGGAUUCAAGGAUAAUGCUCCAUCAUAGAAUAAGCCUUAAUAACCACUGUUGCCUCAUUCAGCUCAAACAGAUCACAGCCAAAGCAUAAGAACUCACACAGUCUGUGGAAACCAGGACAAAGCAACAGCCACAGAGGAGGAAAUCAAGAGAGCGUUGCGAUGUAAUAAACACUGACCGUUACCUUUCUCUGUAAGUUGUUCGUAUGGAGAGGCUCGAUAUUGUAAGCAUCUGCUAUUUAAGAGUGUACAACGUGUCUUGUGUAAUUUAUAGAAGCAAAUCUAGGUGUUGAAACCUUUUGUCUAAACCUUAGGUCUAAUAGAUGUGGAUACCCAUUCUUUUUACUUGAAAUUCUGUCUAAACGUAUUUACGGUAAAUGUCCCCCAUCCACGUUUUGGAUUCGUGCAGUCGUACGGAGAAAGCCUAAGCAACGUAGCGAUGGGCACGGUGGCAGUGACGGGAGAGAGAUGGAAGGCAACUACUCGGUUUACACCAAGGAAGAGGCUGUGUACUGACUGCUUGAUUAAAAUUGAUGUUGGUUCGUGGGAAAUGUGUAGCUGGUUUAUGACAGGCGCUCGAGAUGUAAGAAAGCAGGACAGACAGCUUGAAAUAAAUGAGCUAACUCUGCGAGCCCUGACGUAAACAUUGGUGUUUCCGAAUACGCUGAGUAAAUUAAGGCAUAGUAAGUUAACCCUCCGUGUGAUAAAGAUGGCGACCUGGGUGAA